AUGCAGUUGAACAAUUACCUGCAACAUAGGUUCAGAUCUACGCGAGACCUCCAGUUGUUAAAGUCAGCAACCGGUCCCGAGCACGCGCCACGGUGGACCGUAGUCGUCCUCUUCCGAAAUGUUGAAUAUGGCCGAGGUGAGGGGGCAACCAAAGCGUCUGCCACAGAACUUGCUUGCCAGAGAGCCCUGCACGCCCUAAUGCAACCAGGAGUUGGCCAUUAA